AUGCAGUUCGCCCCCUCGGCCCGGGCUACCCUGCCUGUGGCGAGCUGCCGGCCCCGACUGGUGGCAACUCGCCCCAUUGCUCGUGUGGCAAGCCUGCACACCGCCAAGGCGGCAAUGGUGCCCCAGCCGCUGGUGCGCCUUGGGAUGGCUAGGCCUCUGGGGCUGGCGUCCCUGCCCGCCCAGCAGCGCGCCAAGCCCACUAGCGUGCGCGUGGAGGCCAGCAGCAGCGCAGCUGCCCCCGCCCCGGCCCCCAAGGAGGGUUCCUUCCUGGGCAUCCCUGCCUUCACCUGGCAGAAGAUCGUCCCCCUGGGCAUCAUGUUCUUCUGCAUCCUGUUCAACUACACCAUCCUGCGCGACACCAAGGACGUGCUGGUGGUGACCGCCCCCGGGUCCGGCGCGGAGAUCAUCCCCUUCCUGAAGACGUGGGUGAACCUCCCCAUGGCCAUCGGCUUCACCAUCCUCUACACCAAGCUGGCCAACGUGCUGAACAACGAGCAGCUGUUCUACACCUGCAUCAUCCCCUUCAUCGCCUUCUUCUCCGCAUUUGCCUUCCUGCUCUACCCCCUGCGCGACGUGCUGCACCCCACCGCCUGGGCCACCCAGGCCCUGGCCCAGUACGGCCCGCGCUUCGCCGGCCCCCUGGCCAUCGUGCGCAACUGGACCUUCUGCCUCUUCUACGUCAUGGCCGAGCUGUGGGGGUCGGUGGUGGUGUCGGUGCUCUUCUGGGGCUUUGCCAACCAGAUCACCACCGUGGACGAGGCCAAGCAGUUCUACCCGCUCUUCGGCCUGGGUGCCAACGUGGCCCUCAUCUUCUCCGGCCGUGCCGUCAAGUGGUUCAGCCAGAUCCGGGCCAGCCUGCCCCCGGGCGUCGACGGCUGGGGCUACAGCCUGAAGGGCAUGAUGGGCAUGGUCUCCGCCUUUGGCCUGGUCAUCGUCGCGGUGUUCUACUACCUCAACCGCACCGUGGUGCCAAGGGUGCAGGACGCCAUCCCCAAGCGCGCCAAGAAGAAGAAGGAGCCGAUGUCGGUUGGCGAGUCCUUUGCCUUCCUGGCCAAGUCGGCCUACAUCCGGAACCUGGCCACGCUGGUGGUGGCCUACGGCAUCUCCAUCAACCUGGUGGAGGUAACCUGGAAGUCCAAGAUCAAGCAGCAGUUCCCCAACCCCAACGAGUACUCCGCCUUCAUGGGCGACUUCUCCACCGCCACGGGCGCCGUCACCUUCACCAUGAUGCUGGUGUCGCGCUGGAUCUUCUCCCGCUUCGGAUGGGGCAUGGCCGCCCUCAUCACCCCCACCGUCCUCCUCAUCACCGGCGUGGUCUUCUUCGCAUUGGUGCUGUUCAGCACCCCCCUGACGCCCAUGCUGGCGGGGCUGGGGAUGACCCCCCUCUUCGCCGCCGUGCUGGUGGGCGCGGCGCAGAACAUCUUCUCCAAGUCCUCCAAGUACUCGCUGUUCGACCCCUGCAAGGAGAUGGCCUACAUCCCCCUGGACGACGAGACCAAGACCAAGGGCAAGGCCGCCAUCGACGUCAUCUGCAACCCGCUGGGCAAGUCAGGCGGCGCACUCAUCCAGCAGUUCAUGAUCAUCGGGUUUGGCUCGCUGGCCGCCUCCACCCCCUACCUGGGCAUCAUUCUGCUGGUCAUCGUGGCCGGCUGGAUCGCGGCAGCCAAGGACCUGGACUGGCGCUUCUCCGCACAGCAGACGGAGGCCGCCGAGGCCAAGCUGGAGCUUGCGCGCAGCGACGCGCGUGCCGCACAGGAGGCCAAGGACUCCUCUGCCUGA